CAGAAAUGCCUGCAUGAAGAAGUGCGAAACAGCGGGCCACGUUUUGAGAAGGCUGUUUUGUUAGUCAUUCGACUCCGCCUGGGUCAAGGUAACACUUCCAAACCCGUGAUUUACUUUAUUAACCGCUAACGUUCAGAAAGCCGUCGUAACAGAGAAACGGUUUCUUCGGCUACGUCGGUUCGUUCUUGUGACCCGCCAAAAGCUACAGAAGUUCAGCAAGGAAGUAACCAUUUUGUGAGUUGGCCGUCUUCGAUAGCGUUAUAUAUAUAUAUAUAUAUACAAGUUGUCCUCCUGCGAUCGAAAAUGAGUGGCGGUUUCAACUUCGGUCAAGCCUCCACGGGCUUCUCCUUCGCAGCGCAGAAACCAACCGCUGCAGCCCCCAGCACGGGCUUCGCGAUGACUAGCGCCAUGCCUGAUGCCACUGGAGGGAGCUUCACAUUUGGCACUGCUACCACCCAGGCCACCCCUAACCCUCCCAACUCUUUCAGCAUUGGCACCCCGGCAAAAAGCACAGCGGCCGGGGGAGGCUUCUCUUUUGGGACCCCCACCGCCCCAUUUGGCAUGGUCACUCCUCAACCCGCAGCAGCAUCGCCACCUCAAGGGAUGACUUUAGGCACCGCAGUAGCCCCAGCGCCGAUGUCAGGGUUAACCAUGGCGACCGCCGCUCCUGCAGGAGGAGGCUUUGCCUUCGGUACGCCUCCUCAAGCUCUACCCCAACCCGCAGUUCAACUCCAACCUCCAGCACCACCAACGGCCACAGUAAUGGCAACUCCAGGAGCUAGCGUCCCCUCAUUUGGAGGGUUCGGCUUUGGAUCAACCAAGGUCCAGGCGACCACAGCGGCCCCUGUUGCGGCCCCUGUUGCGGCCCCUGUUGCUGCUCCAGGGGGGGGCUUCAGCUUUGGCACCAGUGCUCCAUCCAACCCCACCAUGGCCAUUCAGCCCCAGCCUGCACUCCCUGCUGCACUCGCCAGUCAGGGUGGAGGUUUUCCCUUUGGGAUUAAACCCUCAUCAACCCCGGCUCCUCCUGCAUCAAUCCAGGCAGUCUCGGCUCCAGGCCCGUCUCUCUUUGCUUCACCCAUCUCUACAGCUGCCGCCGCCGCCGCCGCCGCCGCCACUUCUGCUGCUGCUGCGACCGUCACUGCAACGGGGACAUCAUUUAAUUUGGGUGUAGCUCCAACUUUAGCAGCAAGCACUGCUGCUGCAACCACAACAGCAGCAGGUGGAAGUCUGGCUUUUAUGCUUAAACCUCUGGGGGCAGCUGCCAUCACCUCUGCCCCGGCGCCCGCUGCCACUGUUGCAGCUGCGAUAGCCGGUGCUCCGACAGCCUUUACACUGGGACUCAAACCUUUGACCGGCAUAAGCAUCCCAACAACUUCUACGGCGACGACCCUCUCUACGACCACUGCUCCUCCAGUGAUGACCUACGCCCAGCUCGAGGGUCUUAUUAACAAGUGGAGUCUUGAGCUUGAGGACCAAGAGAGACAUUUCUUACAGCAGGCUACUCAGGUGAACGCCUGGGACCGCAUGCUGGUGGAGAACGGCGAGAAGAUCACAGCCCUGCAUAAGGAGAUGGAGAAGGUGAAGCUGGACCAGAGGAGGCUAAACCAGGAGCUGGACUUCAUCCUCUCCCAACAGAAAGAGCUGGAGGACUUGCUCUGCCCGCUCGAGGAGUCGGUGAAAGAGCAGAGUGGAACCAUCUACAUGCAGAACGCCGAUGAGGAACGGGAAAGAACGUACAAGCUUGCAGAGAACGUCGACGCGCAGCUGAAGAGGAUGUCGCAGGAUCUGAAGGAGAUCAUCGAGCACCUGAACACGUCCAGUGGCCCAGCAGACACCAGUGACCCGCUUCAGCAGAUCUGUAAAAUUCUCAACACCCACAUGGAUUCACUUCAGUGGAUCGAUCAAAACUCUGUUCUUCUGCAGAGGAGAGUGGAAGAAGUGUCUAAAUUGUGUGACAACCAGCGCAAGGAUCAGGAGAAGACCUUUCGUCUUACGUUUGACUGAUGUGGAAUAAAUAUGUUGACGUAAUGAUACUCUGAUAUUUUAAAUGCAAAAACAAAAGUCACAAUUCCUGCUAACUGUCAACUUUUUCUGUCAGCCGAGUUGUUUGGCUGUAUGUUGAUCAAUAUUUCCAAUGCAAUAGCUUUUAUAUACGGUAGUGAACUGAUCUGUUCUCAUGUAAAUGCUAUGUUUGUUCUAAGUGGUAUGAUUAAAUACAUAAAUGAA